AAGUGGUGAAUGCUAGCUCCUCCCGUGGGCUCAAGGUGAGCUGCUCCGCGGGAGGCGGGGCUGCAAGGCGCCGGGUGCUGCGCGAGGUUCUGCGUGCUCUGCCCACAGACGGGUGGCAGCACAGCUCAGGGACUUGUCUCUUAGUGGCGUCUUCCACAAACCAGGGUCCAGGGCUAUGGUGGACGUGCUGAGCGGGCGGCGCCUGGUGACCCGCGAGGGCGAGGUGGUGGAGGCGGAGGCCGCGCUGCAGAACAAGGUGGUAGCCCUGUACUUUGCAGCGGGCCGGUGCGCCCCCAGCCGCGACUUCACGCCCCUUCUCUGCGACUUCUACACCGCGCUGGUGAGCGAGGCACGGAGGCCUGCACCCUUCGAGGUGGUGUUCGUGUCGGCGGACGGCAGCCCCGAGGAGAUGCUGGACUUCAUGCGCGAGCUGCACGGCGCCUGGCUGGCACUGCCCUUCCACGACCCCUACAGGCAUGAACUGAAGAAGAGGUAUGACAUCACAGCCAUCCCCAAGCUCGUGGUCAUCAAACCCAAUGGAGCUGUCAUCACCAGCAAAGGGCGGAAACAGAUCCGGGAGCGCGGGUUAGCUUGCUUUCAAAACUGGGUAGAAGCAGCCGAUGUUUUUCAGAAUUUCUUGGGGUGAAUCUGGAGGGACCAGGGCAGACGCUUGCUGCAAGUGCAGACCAAACACCUUCAAAGGGGGAGUUGCUUAUUCUUUUCUCUGUUGGGGGAUUUCAUAGUAGCCGCACGAAAGUAGGACAAAGGGCAGGUGCUGCCCAGGAAAGAACUACACCCUCCCUCUGCGGGUCCCAGAGUUCCUCUGGUGUGGACUUUUGUUUUUAUAGCUUUCUCCACCUGUGCCUAGGCCCCAGGACACAUCGACAGUGUGCUAUCAAAAAUCUAUGCAAGAUGCUCAUUUCUACAGGCUUUUUUUUUGGUAAAUUGAUCUAUGAGGUGACGCAUUUUCUGAUGACAUAUCACAUUUUAGUGAUGCCUUGGUAAGUGUAUUUAUUAAUCACGUUUGUAGAAUGUAUAGUUUAAUAAACCAACAUUCACACCGUGAGCAGCUCAGUUUUCUUUUUCCUUUCAAACCCUACACCAACAGAAGGACAAGUCAGUAAACAUCGUGCUUAAGCUGCCAUUCACAUG